GUAGAACUGUCAUGAUAAUUUGAUGUUUACCUCCCUACUUCAGAAAUAUCAGUGUUUGCGGUUUUUAAAUGCCGCGUUGUAAGUAAUAUUUAUCGAAUAUUUUCAUGAGAAGUGUUCUUUUAUAUAAAUUUACACAUUAAAACCAAGUACAAAUAGUUGUGAAAGACUGACGUAUUAAAAAUCGAGCAGAAUUGGAAUGUUUUUAGUGUCUGACAUCUGUCAUAGAAAGUAGGGGCGUAUCAUUUGCGAAGGAAUUUGAGAACUUUGUCGAUCAUUGAACAUUUUUCAAAUCGGGUGAAUAACUCCAGAGUGCCUUUCAUUUAAAGAAAUUGUGAAUUAAUUGUGUCUUGUACAUUCUUUAAGGUAAGACAUGGUCAGAUCUCUGAAGGUGUACAAAGAAAAGGAAGAUCUCAGUUAGAACAGUGCCAGCAUCCACGGAUUACCUCAGCAUUCCUCUAACCCGCAGCAGCAACGUAGCAGCGGCGGCUCGUCGUUCACGGCCCUUGUCAAGACAGCGGGGUCGGCGGGGGCUAUCUCCGCUCCCAUGGCAACGCAACAUCAAAGCGCCAGCGGGUACCGCCAGUGGGGCGGCGUUGGUGGAGGUCAUCAGCACGCUGCAGCAGCUCACUCGUCUUCGCCCCCCUACUACCGGUAUCCACAGCCUAGCCAACUACACCAACCUAACCAUAUACCCGCAUACGCGGCAGCCAACGCUUACAAUUCCUCCAAUACGUAUGAUAACCGAGUGCCAACAGCAAGUAGUCCAUCUAAAUCGAACGCAAGUAGCACAGGAUCUCAUAGCAGCCAGAACGGCACCAUUUCUAACAGCCAGCUGAGCAACAACAUGGCCAACACCAACUCGUCCAGUAACAAUUCCACUGCUGGGUCGGAACAACUCUCGAAGACUAACCUGUAUAUCCGGGGACUGCCCGGAACGACAACAGACAAAGAUCUAGUCAUUAUGUGCCAAAAUUUUGGUACAAUAAUUUCAACGAAGGCCAUUUUAGACAAGAACACGAAUAAAUGUAAAGGUUAUGGUUUUGUGGACUUUGACAGCCCUGCAGCUGCAGAGGGGGCAGUAAAGGCGUUGACCGCCAAAAAUAUACAGGCGCAAAUGGCCAAAGUGGGUAUCCAUAAUUCUCAACGUAGACAACCCUAUCAACAAGAGCAAGACCCGACUAAUCUGUAUAUCGCGAAUUUACCGCCCCACUUCAAAGAAGCCGAUCUGGACAGUCUCCUCAGCCAAUAUGGCAGCGUCAUCUCCACCAGGAUCCUCAGAGAUUCAGCUGGAAUUUCUAAGGGUGUGGGUUUUGCCAGGAUGGAAAACAAGGAGAAAUGCGAGAAGAUUAUUCAGUUCUUCAACGGCAAAACAAUACAGGGUUGCAAGGAGCCCCUUCUGGUCAAAUUCGCCGAUGGUGGUAAUAAGAAGAAGAUAUAUAAGAUGUUUCAUAUUCAGAACAAUGAAAAUUCGAAGAUGUGGCGUGACGGAAGUGAGGGCCUGUCAACUGUCGGCUACGAGCACACCAUCUCCUCCAAUGGGGUAGCCACGACCCACAUGAUGCCUGCGAUUUCCAGCUACAACAGGUCCUACGCCCCGUUCGCUGCCGGUUUCGCCGGUCCACCGCCAUGGGUGCAGGGAUAUAUGCUGCCGUCCAUGCAUACUGUGGACGACGCCUAUCCCAUGUCAGGACACUUAACCGCUCCCUACAAGAACGACGGACAGGGACCGAGGAACAUCCCUGUAAUGCUCCCCUCACCGGAAUCUAUGCCAUAUGGGAUGAAUAUGAUGUCGUCGUUGACUGCUCAGAUGAGCGCUAUGCACAUCGGUACCUCACCCUUCAUGUCGCAGUACCAGUUUUAUCCAUCGAUGAUACAAGCAGUGCCCUUGGCAGAUUCGGAGAAUACACCGAACGCUGCUAGUCCCGAGGAUCCAUACCAAGCUUAUCAGCCAGCACAACCAAAGUAAGAACAAAGAUGCGAAAGAGAUGAAAAUGAGAUUAUUCUUGAAAUGUGUUUGUGAACAGUUUAAAUUAUUUAUUUUUGGGGAACUUUCAUCGUUUUCAACCAUUUUCUAUGGAGAGAUUGAAGGUUGCUAUUGGUAAUUCAGUUUAUCUGACUCUUUAUUCGGUUUUCAUACGAAAAUUUCAUUUAUUGAUGGAUUCCACCUUCUACUUAUUGUUCUGAAUUUGGUUGUGAAUGAUGAGUUUCCUAAUUGACUUUUGAGAAUCUUUGCACAUCAAGCAUAAUUCUUAGUUUCAAGAAAUGGAACUACCAAGGUGUUUAAAAGAUUUUGAAUAUAGUUUGUAAGUAUUAGAAAGGGGAAGAAACUACCCAAAUAAGUUACAGAAUAAUUUGAAUUGAUUCUUCUGUCGGUUAUUAAUUUUUCAUCUCGGUUUGAAAUUGUUUCAAGAGAUCUAUAAAUGACUGAAUAUAAGUGUAAAGUAGGUAUUUUUGAUACAGUAUGUUCCUAGAUACAAAAUUGUAUUGAAAAUCCAUCAAAUAUCACAGGUUAUCUGUGUAAGAAAGCCAAAAUCGACGUUUUCUAUUUCGUUACAUUUUUUGCUUGUCAAAAUGUGAGUGUAAAUAUGUUCAACCAGACUGUGAGUUUCUUACAUAGAUAGGGUAUAUCCACCAUUCUUCAGAAUCGUGCUGCUUUUGAACAUGGCAAAGCCAAUAUUUCCUCAGUGUUCUCUGGAAUGAGAAGUGGACACGUAAAAUUCAGAUGGUUUAAGUAGAGAAGAAGUUGACUAAGCCUUGCUAUUAUAUUCAACACGAAAGAAAUUUCUUUCGGCUGACGAUAUUGAUUUUGCGAUGUUGAUUAUCGGCAUAAAUUGAGUAGAAUAGAUUAAUGUAGAUAGUAUUGAAAAAGUAAUAGAACACUUGACGCCAUGAUGAGUAAGAUCAUUCGAGAAGCAACUAUAUAGAGAGGGCGAAGCAACUGAUGAAAUUAUGAUCUUCCCGCCACUAGGCAUAGCAUAGGUAAAUUAAGUAAUUUUAUUUUUUGAUGAAGAUCUUACGUAGGUAGUUGUAUAUUCAUGAUGAGAUUAUAGUGCUCAUAACAAAUCAAAGAAAACUUCCUCGAUCAUGUUAACGACAACAUGUGUGGUAAGAAUAAAAUUGCAUGACGAAGGGGUUUGAACUUCCCUUCCAAUGAGUUAUUUCUAUUCAUCUCCAGUCUCAAGGAUGAGUGAAUUGAUAAUCGAUCCUUAAAAUGUGGAUUUCCAUGUUUAUAUAAACGCAUAAUCGGAAAAAAUUCGAAAUCUCGAAUUGCAAUCUAAUGUCCCCCCCGUUGAACAUUCAGGAUUCUGAUGGUAUAAUUCGACGAAGAACUUCAUUUUCAGAAAGUUCUCCACAUCGAUACCCUUCGAAUUCCGUUCGCCAAAUAAACUUCAACUAUGAAAUUUCGAGGUUUGAGCAUAUACAAUUUUAUUCUACCACCCAAUAUUAAAACUUCCAAAUUUUACGUGAUUUCCGGAUUGUAAUUUUUUAAAUAGGGUGAGCAUAUUGGUCAAAAGCGAAUCCGAAUAAAAUUUGAUAAUUCUGAUAAUCGCCUUCUGGGUUAAUGGAACUAAACUAAUGGUGGGUUUACGCUGAACUAAUGCCUGAAAAUGGUACCAAUGUAAUGGAUGGAUGGCGAUCACCUGAUCCGCCUGUCUUAGUUCUUUAUGUACCCACCAUCACAUAAUGUUUAUUUUUUCAGCUGUUUUGAAUCAAGUAAAAAAUAUUAAGAACUAGUUCCAUAGUAACCUUGAACAAACUAUAAAAACUGAAAACACUGAUAUGACAAUAUUAGGUAUUUGGAUGAGCUUUUGAUCUUUUUCAGAAACCAAACAUCUUUUUUUCUGUUCAACAAAUUAUAAAUGAGUUCGAAUGUAAUAUAAAUAUCUUAUAUCCGGAAUAAGCUACCAAAAAUGUUAUAUGGCAAAGUAAAGUAUUAUUUUCAGGUUUGGAUACAUAUUUCCCUCGAAAAAAAUCGAUGCAAUUUUUUAAUUUGCUCACUAUGCACUCGAUGGAUGUAGUUUAUUCUGAUCUCAAACUGGGAAUAUUCUGAAAAGUGAAAAUCCGCAUAGCCGUAUUGAAGUAGUUGAUUUGUUAGGUUUUUAUCGAUUCACAUUCCACCCAACUGUUGUCCUUUUAAUUAGUUGUCAUUUAUCGAAUUUUUUUUCAUUUACAAAAGUUUCCCCUCCCUAUUUGUACAGUUAUUGUAUAGUGCAAUUUUGUUUUUGUUUUUUUUUUUAGAUUUAUUUAUUGAAGAUUUAUCAAAUGGGAUCCUUUUUUAAAUGGAUUUAAUCAAACUUUCUUUUUAAAGUCGGAUGGCACCGGAGUACAAGCCGGUUGUAAGAACUGUGAUUUUGAAUUUUUAAGUCAUUUAAUUUGUAUAGUCGUAUCUAAGGGAAGUUGUAAUAUAAUCGGCAGAUAUCCAUACUGGAGUGUCAUUAUUAUCUAGCAAAGGCGGAACGCAGCCUUUGAAAUGGAUAAGGGCUACCUGGUCACUGAAUAUUUAAUAUUCUAGAUAAUUUAUUGACAGAAAAAUAUUCAUAUACAUACAAGAAAAAUAUUUAAUAUAUUUAUUGCGCAAUAGUUUUUUUGUAAAUAGGUACUUGAAUAUUUAGAUUGUUGUUGUUUGUACACAUGUUUUAAAGCUACAUUUUUCUUUGAUAUGUUUCGAUCGAAUCUAAAAUAUUAAAUGACAUCUAAGGACCGGGUUUUUCGAAAUGAAUGUGGACAUUAUUAGAACUCGUGCCUUUUCAGAUUGUCCAUUGACAGGGAUAUACUGAAAAAUAUUUUAAUAUAUUUUUUUAUCUCGAUGUUUUCCUGAGAAACCGUAAACAAAUUUUCAACUUUUGGAGUUUCUGUGUUGUAGACAAAUGUGUGUUUAUUUUUAUGUAUGCUUCCAUCCCGCAGAUAGUUCGAAACCAUGACUCAACUUUUCAUAUUACAUCACCAUAAUGUUUUAGAUCAAUUCUGGACGCUAAAAAAUACAUACCUUAAGUAUGUAGUUCAUCACCAUUGGUAUAAGUAUAUUCGGACGCUACUUAUAAAUGUAUCGCUCAAUAACUAUUGCUGUUAUAUAAGUGUAAAAAAUUCUCAUUAAUAACGAAAGCAGGUUAUAUUUUUUUACCCAGACAAGGGUCCGGUAUUUAUAGUCGGUAUGAGUGAUAUCAAAUAUAAUGAAAGAGUUUCUAUAUUGAUGAAAAUGUUUUAGCGCUUUUCGCUUUUCUUUACCUCGGUUCAACUCAAAUUCUAUACUGAAUUUUUAUUUAUUACUUUUUAAAUUCCUUUUUCCAAUUUUUAUUGAAUUGAAUGAUAUUUUGAUUGUGGUUUUUAUUUAUUCGAGAUGUCGUGUCAGAGGUUAGAGUUUAUCUUGAAGAGGCACGUUAUAACCCCUGCUAUUGCAGUUGUGUCUUAUCAAGCUCUUGGUCCAAAUUGAUUUGUGUCGUAGGCGUUAAAUGACUAACAGUGGUUUACCACGGCUAUCACUAAUAGAUGAUCGUAUUUCCGCAUGUUUUUAUGCAUCAAAAGGAAAUCGCACUUGACUCGAAAUUAUCCUGUGUUUGUUUGUGUGGAACACCAAUUUUUCCUCAACAACCUAUGGAAAUCAUUUCAUAUUUUCGAAAAUAAAUUCCUGUAAUGCGAAAUGAAAAUUAUGAGAGUAAAAAGUUUUAAAAAUCUGUUGGGUUAACUUACGAAGUUGAAUAUACCACUUGCUCGUACAAUACAAAAUUCUUUAUUAUUCUGAUAAUCUUUGAAAACGGACGGUUUUUCUGCACCGCGCAUGAUUGUAUUGAUUUCACAUGAAACAUUGUAUGGAAGCUAGAGCCACAUGAGAUAUUUUCGGUGGCUUCUUUUUUUCAAUGAGAGAUGGGAGAAAUUUGCAUUAAAUGAAAUUAACUAUUCAAUAGUUCAUCGCAUAUUUUCCCCCAAAAAUUGACUCUGGUAAGCCCGAUACAAGGAAAACAAUAAUUUUAUAUUUUUAUAAAGGAAAUGUCUGAAUAGCUAAAACCAAAAAUUAUAUGGACAACAUUCGAAGAUAUAAAAUUUUACACAUAACUGAUAAACUCGGUUUAUUUUCGUAUACCAUGAAGGUAUCGCAUAGUUUUAGACCAUAUUAUCGAGAAACGACUACCUAUAGGUUUAGAUUGGGAGCAGGUCCCAAUAUUUGUAAAAAGUAUGCGCAUAGUCGCAUUUAAUUUAAGAAUAGCUUUCAGAUUAGUGCUUAGUGCAGUAUGUUAAAUUAUAGUGUAGUAAACAAGCGAUAUUUUAGAAAACGUAGCUUAGGUUUAGUUUGUAAGAUGAAUGAAAUGAAAAUUGACUAGAUUUUGUUUGGGACGGUAGUUAAAUGUUAUAUAUAGAUAUAUUGAGCUGAUUAGAGCUCCCGAUUAACAAAGUAGGGAUCUCUAGUUAUGGCAGUGUUAUAGUCAGAGCAACCCUUUCAAACUCUAGUUAAUGUAAAAAAAUGCAGAAAGAAUUAGAAUAAGUCAAUGUUUUUUAUUGUUGUUUAAGUUAAAUGAAAAAUAUGUUUGUUCGAUUUCUUUUUUUAUUGUAAGUCUAAUUGUGUUGGUAAAUACAUUGUAUUUGUCCA